CAAUUUUUAGAGAACUCAAUACAGACAAUUCUUAUUUCUUUAGUUUUUACACAUGAAUACAAUUUUUAAUAAAAUAUUAUAUUUAGCUGAACCACCUACAACGGUUGCACAUACACAUGGCACGUAGUAGGUCGGAUUCGUUUAAUAUACGUUUUCAAUUCAAUUUUAUUAAAAAUCGUCUCCUUUCUUUGAAAAUUCUGGGUACGAUAUUUGCAGGUAUUACUUUAGGUAGAUGUAUAAUAUUUUGUCAUAAAAUUAAAUUCGUAAAAAUCCAUAAUAACAAUAUUCGAAACGACACGUAAAACGCGUUGUUUUUAGAGGUCAAGACGUGCAUAAUUGCAUUUAUUUUAUGAUUGUUCAAGCGUAUAUUUUAUUCGAACAUCAUUAUAAUACUAUAAAUUGCGUUUUAUCAUAUAGUAUGCUCAGGUGUAGGUACCAUCGGAGAUCAAAGUCUAGCCGGCGUCUUAUCAGCGGUUACUAUACGAGCCGAUUAGUCCGAAAACUAUACAUACACAUAUUCGUCAAGGCAAGUGAUCGACGACCCGUUUCAUUUUUCUAUUACGUUUUCGAUACCUAUAUGCAGUCGUCUUCUCCUUGAAAAAAUAUCGUAUACAACACAAUAAUAUUGGCCGGCGAAAACGCGAUAGCCCGAACUCAGGAAGUUAUUAAAUUCGUCAAAAAUCGAUCUCCAAUAUCAUAAGACGACCCUACGAUUCCGGACCAAACACCACAGUUUUCCGCACACCAGGCCGACAUCGUUCGUCAUGACUGUAAUAGCCAAAAUCUUAGAAGUCGCCAACAAGGCCGUUCACCUAUCCGGCGCGGUGCUUUUCACAUACUCGCUAUACUACUAUUACAUGUACGUUAAUAUCCCAGCCCGGCUCAAUCCGCUGGACGAGGCCUUCGGUGCAAAAUUCAAAUACUUGACUUUCUGCAACCUGGUGAGUAGGAAUUUAUAUACAUAUAUAUUAUAAUAUAUAAGUACAGGAGUGGAGUGGCCGGUCUGGAAAUGAAAAAAUUCCAGACGAUCUUAACCAUUUUAUGGUCUCUGGUUAACAAUUUUCGAAUAAUAAAGAUUUGCCGAUUAUUGUUUAUUAUCUCCAUCAAUUUAAAAGUUGACUAUCAACCGAUUAUUUAACAAACUGAACUUUUCAAAAAAUUAAACAUAUUAUAUUGUUACACAGUUUUUUUUUUAAAAUGUAAUUUUUAUUUCUCAUAAGUGCACCUAUAUGUUUUAAAAGAUUAACAAAAUAAUGUUUGAAAUAAUUUGUUUAAUGACACUAAAAUUAAAAAAUCACAAAUUAAAUUUAAACAAUUAAUUAACUAAAACAAUGAUUGUGUUUGGAUAGAAUGGAAUAAAAUAUUAUCGAUCAUAUGUUUUAUUUAGUUUUUUAGCCUUAAAUAGGCUCUAAAAAAAAAUAUAUAAACGUUUGAAUUGAACGAUAACUAUAAAAAUUCUUUUGGUAUUUUAUUCUGGAGAAGGAAUGGAAUGUUAGGUUGCUUAAAUAAAUUAAAAUCUCCCUAUCCUACUUUGGUUCUCACUCCACUCCUGCAUAUAUAUGCCUAUUGCCAAAAUAUGUCUAUUUGAAUACAUUUUCAAAAAAACACUAUACGAGACUUUAAUAUUAUAUAAUUCAACUUAAAAAUAAACCCCUAUGCAUAUCACAUAAUAUUAUAUAAUUUUCGGUUUCCACUAUUAUGGAUUCACAGCUAUCGCAGGGGACGAGACUAUAGAGGAUAAUAACUAAUAAACUACAGAGGUCACCAUCACGUCCUACAAUGAUUUGAUUUUGUAACAACAAAUACUAAAAUAAUUAUGUAGCCUCGAAAUAAAACUUUUUAAAUGUUGAUUUUUCUUUUUUUUUUUUUUGUAUAUUUAGAAACAUCAAAUAUAUAUUACAAGUUUAAUACCAAGCAAAGUAGUAAUAAAUAAUAGUACGCGAUUUGUCAUUUAGAAAAUCACCUACACAGUCACUAAAUUUCGACGCUUGUUACUUGAACCAUAAGAUUAUAUAAUAUGGUAUUAUUAUAUUCCUAUACAAUAUACUGUAGACAUUUUUAAAUUCGAUUUAUGUAAUUACUUAGGUAUUAUAUAUAUAUAUAUAUAUAUUGUUUUUAUAAUAUAAGUUAAUAAAGGUAUAUUUUAAUCAAUUUGAUCACUUAAAUAUACGUUUAAUUAAAAAAUUAAUGUAUUCCUACGAGUAAAAUAUUGUUUACAGGUUAUCCAGACAAUAUUCUAUCUGUAUGCCGUGUUUGUCGAUAUAAUUGGCGUGUGCGCGUACUCGAACGUCAAGGUUAAGUCACUAAACAGAAAGAAACACGAUUUGUUCACCAUUUUCGUAUUCCCCCUGUCGAUGGUAAUGUAUUAUUUCAAUAUUGUAUUGAUUAUGGGAGUUAUAUACCAAGGAAUUCUCGGUCCUGCGAUAUUUUAUAAAUUAAAAUUUAUUUUUUUCGAAGAUAAUAUCGUGUUCAUGACCCUUAGUUAAUAGAAAAACCGUAUACAAAAUUGUAAACGAAAACCAUAUAAAUAAUAACCGUGAGCAAUGAUCAACUUCAGAGCUCUGUCAAGAAUCAACUUUUCCAUAAUUAAUAUUUCAUCUAUGUUUAGUUAUACUAUACUACACCACUUCUAAAAAACACGACCCUUUUACAAAAAAACAUACUGAAAUACAUAUAGAAAUUCAACUCAACUAUUCUCACUUUAAUCCACCAACAAAAAAAAUUUAAUUGCAAAGUUUUCGGCUCAUUUGGUCCAGAAGGAACCAUUAGUAUACUAAUUAGUAAUGUAAACUAACGUCAGGUGGCCGAAAUGGCUCAAGCGCAAGAUUCGUAACAACGUAACUAUGUAAGUAGCGAGGAAAAGACAUAUCUCUAUUUUUUGGGAAAAUUCAACACCGAGAUAUAAAUAUUAAAAUAUAGUUCAUUGUAGUAGAACUAUAGUACUGGAAUAACCUAACCAUUUAGCUUUUAUGACAUCUUUCGACGAUUGGUGCAUAUAAAAGCGUAAAGCCCCAGACUUAAGAGCUUAUUUACCCGUCACAAAUUUAAGAUAUCGAAAGUUUUUAUUUUUAAAUCAUAUUUUAUAAUAUAUAUAUAUAUAUAUAUAUAUAUAUAUAUAUAUAAUGAAAUUGUUUACAUAAAUUGGCAAACGUAUAACCAUUGUAUAUACAGUAGACCUUCGAUAAGUCGAAAUAAAUGCUAUUCCUAAUGCUAAUAACCUCUAUUACUCAGAAGAAAAACUAUAGAUAACUCGAACAUUCUGUGUUCCGAAUAUAGUCCGAUAAUGAGGGAUACAUUUUAUAACCAUUGAAUGAUUAGACAAAUUUUGUCUAAUCGGCUUGUGCGUCCCAAAAUUUAACCUAAUAAUUUUACAAUGAUCUGUGGAUAACUUUUCGACAAGAAAUCAUGCUCCGAUUUAUAAAUGUAGCCCUUUUUCUGAAAAUAAAUCUGACUUGGGUGGUACUUUAAGGAGGUAAACUUUUGAUUUUCUUACUAGUGGGAAGAAUGGGAAAAAACAUGGGACUUGAGAAAAACGGGAAAAUAGGUACAAAAUUAAACAAAUAUUGUUAAAUAAAAUAUAUAAUGCAUAUUUUACUAUUUUACCAUAUUAUGGCAUAUAUAUAUUAAUGACAAAGCAACACUAUAUUAAAUAAACUUCGCUCAGAAUCGUGUUUUCGUUAGCAAUGGUUAACCGUUGCUUUCAGAUAUACAUUAAAUUACUUAAAAUAGUGGCUACACCUGUCUUUAUUAUUCUAGAACAGCUUAUUUUUAUUAUAAAGGAAAUUUUCUACAAUUUUGAUAUAUUUUUAUUGCAAUACUAAUACAAUAAUUAUUAUUUAUUGCCAACUAUAAUAAAUAAUGAUUAAUGAUAGGUGCUGUAUAAUAUUAUUUCCAAUUUUUUUUCUAAUACCUAUAAUAUCUUCUAGAAUAAUAAUAUUGUUAAUCAUCGGACACAAUCGAAACUCGAUAAUACUAAAAAAAUAAUAAUAACAACAAUGCACACUGUAAUUAUAUGUACAAAUUUACUAUAUAACAAUUAAAACUAUAAUAUAUACAUAUAUUUUAAAAACUCUGUAAGUCUAAAAAAUAGCAUUUCCCUUUAAUUUCGACUUAUCGAGUUUCAACCUUAUAUAUUAUUAAUUGUGUAUAUAAAUUGUUUGAUAAAUCCUGUUCUGCGUGAUUUUCAAUUUUUUCACUAUACUCAUAUAAUUGUGCUGAUUUUUGUUAGUGCCUUUUUAGCUGUAUAUUACAAAAGUAUAGCCUGCUCUAUAAACAGGAAAUAAAGAAUACUGUUAUAAGUUAGUACCUAUAGCUACUUAUUACCAGGACUCGGGAAUUUAGCACUUAAAUUUUACAAACAAGAGCUUAAAAACAGAAAACCUCUAAAAAAAAGACUUUAAUAGUAGAGGGGUUUAAUAUUUUAAAAUAAAAUUGUACGCGAUACAGAAAUAUCACAUUGUAUAAUCAUUUUUAUAGUGUUAAAAAUUGUUAUUUUAUACGUUAGAGCCGUUAAAGUGUAGACUUUAAAAACCCCUCUACCAUUUUUGUUUUUACAGAGCUUUUUUAAAAAUGUUCAAAGUCCCGAGACCUACGUAUAAGUUAUAAUAAUUUACGUUCAGUAAGUAAUAAAAUAUAAUACCAAUAUAAACGAAAUAAUUGUUUCGUGUUUAAUAAUUUUUACCUAUACAUGUACAGUAUACAUGCGGAAAGUUGUUAUUAUUGUAUAGUUUACCUAUUUGUAUACUCGUGUACACUAAAUAUGUGAUUAUCUGUUUUUGUGUUAUUUAUUUUAAUAACAAUAGUAAUCGCAGGUGUACUCAAUUAAAACUGAUAGGUAUUCUUUUUUUAUUAAUAUAUUAUUAUACCGUUGACUGUAAUGGGAAAGUCAUUGACAUUAAAUACACGCGGUUUAUAUUUGUUUACUAUAAGUGAUAAGAAAUUAUAACUACUUCUUAAAUAAAAUGAGCGUAUCUGUACAUUUUUUCGGUGGAUUGACAGUUUUUUUUUUCAUAAAUACCAUUCUAAGAGCCUAGAAGCCAAUUAACUUUUAUUUAAAACCACAAUUUCCAAGAAAAUUCGAAAGAGAUCGGGUGCAGCAACUCAGUUACCCUCAUAAAUACUAGAGUACGUGUAAUAUUGUUACACAGCCAUAGGCGCUACUAGACCAGGGGUCAGCAACCUUUUUUGAUGGAAGAGCCAAAAGUUACAAUGUACAAAAUUUUCCAGAUUUUAAAGAGCCACUAAAAAUUUUCUUAAGUAUUUAAAUAUAAUUUUAUUUUUAAAUUUUAAUAGACAUAAUAAUAAUAAAAUUAAUUAUAAUAAUAUAAUAAAUUUAUGAUAAAAAAAAAAAAAACAGUUUUUAAUAAUAGGAGAAUACAUCAAUGGGAGCAUUGGCUUUGCAUGUCUUGGCGUGACGGCGUAUUACCAAUUAGUUGUAGAUAGCGUCGCGAUUAUAUUAGACUCUAUAAUAAACAUUUUACAACUAUAGACUGUACUCCAUGCGAGCACUGUCAAAUUAUUUUUUGUGAUGUAUUAUUUCAUAUUUCCAAAAGCAACAAAAAUAAUAUACUUUUUUUUUUAUAUUAUAAAAUAUUGUUUUUGAACUAAAAUAUUAAUUUUUGUGUGUGCAGCUGGAGAGCCGCAACUUUAGACCGAAAUAGCCGCAUGUGGCUCGCGAGCCGCAGGUUGCCGACCCCUGUACUAGACCAUCAAUUUUGGAGUGCUAAAGUUAUAGACAUUUUACAGACCCACUGGGGCAGUGUCCCCACAGUCCCCUUUACAUGACACUUAAAAUAAUCAACUACACAUUUAUUUUUCAAUAUUUUAGAUAAAAUGUAUCAUAAUCUUUUUAACAAUAAUUUUUAUAUUAUAUACAUGCAUUGUCUGUAGGUAAUCUGUAUUUUACUUAUUAAUUAUAAAAUACGUGGAUAAAAUAUUUGGUCAAUACUAAAAAAAAAAACAUAUUGGUUUUUUUUGGGGGUGAUAAAGACCCCUAAAAUCCCUCUAGUUGCGGCUAUGUAUACGGCCAGACGGUUUAUAAUCUAAUUAAUGACACUAUAUACUAAUAUUGCUUACAGUUUAUCGCCGUGAGCUUUUGGCCAUUAUGGUUUACUGACAAAUCUUUAGUCAUGCCCAUGUAUUACGAUCUUUACUUUCCGUCUUGGUUGAACCAUGUAACACAUGCACAUAUUUUCAUAUUCGCUGUACUGGAAAUGAUUACGACACACAGAGAAUAUCCGUCCAGAAUAAAAGGAUUGUCAAUAUUUAUUGGUUUUAAAAUCGGCUAUUUAAUUUGGUAAGUAAAUAUUUAAUGUAUUUAAUGAUACAAUAUUAUUUAUUUAAUGCUCGUUUAAAUAGUAUCUAUUGUAAUAUAUAAUAUAUAAUACCUACAGGGAUGUACUGAGGAAUUUUUCAUGGAGGUCCACCGUUUUUAUUUCAUUUGUUCUCUAAUAAUUAUAAUUAUAUUGAAACUCAUAAGUAUAACUAACAUAUUGCUUUUAAUAACACUAUAAAAAAAAAAAACAAUAAUACACACACAGCGGUGCACACAUAUACACACAUUUCCAGAAGGGUUUACUACAUAUAUGUGAGUAGAGGGGUUCAGACACAAAAUCCUCCCCUAAGGUACGCCUUUGGCAUAAUAUAUUAUUAAUUAUCUCAAUUCAGAAUAAUAAAUCACCGGACGGCGAACGGAACACAUUCAAGUUCGAUGUGUCACGAUUAGCGAUCAGCGGUAGUUCCGUCGGCCCGGCAACGUUCGAAUGCUUAAUCGGGCUUCGUAAUUUUCGAAGAAAAAAUUAUCCAGACCGUUAAAAAUCCGCAUUCUAGUAAUUUAUAUUAAGUUAUACGCCGGGCUUUUGUAGUAGUUUACUGUCCACUGCAGUCCAUUUCAAUAACAGAACCACAACUUAAUGUAUAAAAUUUAAUUUGAGCAAAACUUUCAAUGUUAAUAAUAAAUACCGAAUAUUACAAAAUACAAAUUGACGUUGAAUUAAAAUAUUAUUUCUUAAAUUAACUCGUUUAUACCAAACGUUACUUUGUUUUCAUCUCUAUUAUUUCUUUUUAACAUAUUUACUAACUAUUGGUUAUAGAUUUUGAAGCGAUUUAGUGUUAUUUUUUAGUAGAUAUAAAAUCACUUAUUUAAAUUAAUUCGCCAGUUAAAUAAAAGUUUCCUUUAAUAUUAUCAAGGUAAACUUCAUGUAAAUAAUUUAAAUAUUUUACAAUUUAUUGAUAUAUCCAGGUGUGUAUAAUUCUUAAGUCUGUCUAUCUAAUACGCAAUAGAUAUUGGAAAUAUUAUUUCCAAAGUUUACAAAAAAUGAUUAAAACAAGAAAAUAUAAUAAUUUAUAAAUUAUAAAUCAUAGAAUAUAUUUCAUUAGUGUUAUUAAUUUUCAAUUUUAUUUUAAAUAGUUUGAAACGGUAUUAUCAAAUAUUGGUAGGUAAAUUAAUUUUAACUUAUUAUUUAACAUAACGGAUUAUUUUUUAUUUGUUAAAAUUAUCUAACUUUAAUUCAAAUAGUACUUGUUUUGGUAAUUUGUAUACUUUCAUAAAAUUAAUGAACUCAGUACCAUUUACAUCAAAAGUGUUUUGAAGUUUUCAUUUAAUAGAACAAUAUUUGUUUUGUUUAUACAGUUGUUUUCUAUUUGAUAUAAUUAUUAAUACCCAAAUAUAUUUGAAUUAACAUAGGCGUGUUACUGAAUUUGUAUAUAAUUUUUCAAUAUGGAAUCAAAAUAGUGAACUGUUAAGAUAGUUGAACUUCAAACUUUACAAAUGAAAUGAAAACUAAAUAAGUAUUUAACUUAGUUGGUACAUAAUACGAGUAUAAGAACUAUUAACCUAUUAUGUCCUUGAGUACCCAUAUGGUAAAGAAAAACUUUUUUUACAAAAUAAUUGACCAUAAUUUCAAAUGUUGAACAUUUUCUUUCCUGGCGUUAUCAUAAUGGUAACAUCAAAUACCUUGUUAUUGGCUUAAAAAAUCAAAAAAAUAUUCUUACAUUUUUUGUUUAAAAACGAAUUUUAACCUUAAUUAUAAAAAAAUAAUAAACUUCGGAUUUAAUGGGUUAAAUUUACCGUUAGUAAAAUCGAGCGUCCUCUGAAUCGUAAUUAUAUUUAUGUCGCACAGCUGUAUUAUGCAACAUUAUAUAGGAAUUAAAAAAUUUAAUAUUAUAGUGACCAAACUGGAUUUCUCGAUACUUGAUUUUAUUGAGUAAUCCUAAAUCUAAAAUGUGUAUAACUUUAACAUAUUACUAUAACACUGUGUAGAUACUUAAAUGUACCUAAAUACUACUAUAUAUUUUAGAAUUAUUUAUUUCAAUUGAUUAAAUGUUAAAAAUAAUUUGGUCCGGGCUACGGCCUUGUAUAAUUGUGUUCAAAUGAAUUAAUUUAUGUAUGCUAGGUAUAUAGAUUUCUGAGUUAUCAUUUUAGGUAUUAUUAUUAUUAUACAACUAAUAAAUAGUAUUUAUUAAAUAUCUACUAUAUUUAUAUAAAAAAAUUCAAAAAAUAACAUAUUAGACGUUUUCUAGAUCAUUUUGAAAGUAGUGAGCUAAAAAAUAAAUUAUAAUAUAUGACGUAUAGAUAGGUAGGAAAUAUAGAGAGGGGAACAAAGUGAAAGCUAACAUUCGAGCAAAUGAACAAAAAUUAUACGGGAAAUAGACAAUUUAUAAAAUGUUUGUGAUAUAAACUGAUAACAAUGACUGACAAUAAUACUUUAUAUAAAAAUAAUAUGAUGAGUAAAAUAUUAUAAACUCAAAUCAACAAAUUGGUAAACUCUUACGAUUGAAUUACUUUUUUAUAUUUAAUAUGUAAAAUUAAUAUUUUGUUUUAAAAUCUUUGUAUACGACAUGAUACACUCAAAAUUUUAAUUCAAUUAUUAUAUACAACGUGUGUUUGCAGGAUUAACUUUAUAUUUUACAAGACUGGAAUGUGGGUUUACCCUAUACUCGGGAAAUUGAAUUUGACAUUAAGAAUCAUAUUCUUCGCUGGAAACUUUUUGUAUGCUCCAUUCAUGUACCUAAUCGGAGAAUAUUUAAAUAAUACAUACUGGUCCAUCCACAUUUCGAAAGUAAGCAUAAUAAUUAUUCGACUUAUACAUAAUAGAUAAACAAAGUGACGAUCAAAUGAUUUUGUCACGGGAGGGGAGAUGGUUUUGUAUUUUUAACUAGAGGGAUACUUCCUCACAACCUCCAUAAACACUAUAAACUUUAUCUCAUUCGUAACGAUAAAAAAAUAUUACUAUAACAUUUUUAUCAAUAUCAUUAUAUUGAUGUACGUUGUUUAUAAUUUUGUUCCAGAAAUCGAAAACAGCUUGAGGAAUUUUAUCGUAUACAAAUUACGAAUACCGAUAAGCAUUCCAAUUAUUAGUGUAAUUUUGUUUUUUUAUAGAAUAAUUCCAAAUUAUGCAAUCACCUUAUUUUCCUACUAUUUACAAAUUGUAUAUUAUAUUUUAUUAAAAGUGGUUGGCGUUGAAACAAGUUUGUAAAAAUUACAAUGCGUUUGGAUGACUUAUUAACAAUAUUUAUAUUUGAAAGGAAUAUUUGAAUAACUGUAAGUAUAAAAAUAAUGUGUUUAGACGAUGAUAGGGCUGUGAACUUACUGAAAAGUGCAUUUAUUUUUAGCUAACUGUAAAACGUAACUUCUCAACACAAAAUUUGAAUCAUUUAACAAGGAAUUCAAUGAAUUUUGAAAUGUUUAUUUUGCAUUUUUUGACGUUUUAAAUUUGUAGUUGAUUUUAAAAAUAAUAUUCGGAAAUAAAUUGUUAAAAAAAAUUUCAAUGUAGAACAAUAAAAAACAAAUUGAUUAAGUACACCCGAUAUAGAACAAUUCGCCCAAGCGGACAAGUCUUAUUUAAUACGCCUCAAACUAUUUGUCUAAAUAUUUACACCGGCUUUCAACCUAGUGCUACCUGAUUUAUCGCUUCUUAAAACUCGUAUAGAGGUACCGUGAGGCUAUUCUGAUCCACUCCCAUAGUAAUUUAUUAUUUAUUAGUCUGGUUAAUUAAUAUUUAAUAUAACUAUAUGUAUAAGUACAUUGAUACGACACUGUAUCCAGUAAUAUUUUUGGGGGGGAGGCUGAUCAGUUACAUAUCACAUAUAUAUUAAAUUUAAGAUUUUCUGAAAUUUUGAGGGGUGGCUGCAAGCCUCUCAGCCCCUCUGGAUAUUAGCGCCUGAUGUUUAAAUUCCGUUCCAUAAUAAUUCCUUAUUAAAUACUUAGUCAUGUGGAAGGCUAUAAUUUGUUGGAAAGUAUUUUAUCGGAAAAAUAAUUCAUCAAAAUGUAUUUUUUCGAAACUGUUCAAUAUAAUUUCAUCAUAAGCACUCCGUGACUGCAUGUUAUCGUCGUUGGGUAAAAAUUAUUUUCCGACAAAAUACGUCUCUGACUAAUUAUUUUUCCGAAAAAAUAC